UGUAACGAAUUAUGAGAAUCUGUGAAGGCGAGUCAUUCCAUAAAGUACAAAGAAUAUUUUCUCGCCAGCUAAGCACACACUUGUUGAAAGAACGAAAAUGGACAUUGCCAGUCCUACUCCUCAGGAUCUACAGAGGAAACUGUAUUUUUUGGUGGAGCAGCUACAACACAUGGCCGGUGAACUUCCACCAAAGUAUCAAAUGCGUCUGCCAUACGAAUUGUUAUCCGGUUUGGCCAAUUCAUUGUUAAACGAUACUAUUUUCGAGAUAGUGAAAGGAUUGAUGGAAAUACAGCACGUUACCGAGAAGCAUCUCUUCCAGCAACGGCUGCAGCUUUUGAAUCAACAGAAGAUUGAAUCUCAGGAGGCAUUGUCCACAAUAACAACGGACGAGGAAAUAAUGACGGUGAAGGCGGCGUUGUACAAAAAGCACAAGGAGGAAUUGAGGCAGACCGACAUGAAAUUGGUAUUGCAACUGGAUCAGAAGGUUUCAGAUCAGCAAAGUAUACUGGAGAAGGCUGGGGUGCCUGGAUUCUAUGUGACAAAUAAUCCAAUGGAGAUUCAAGUACAGAUGCGACUGUGCGAUUUUAUAAUUAGGCUCAGUAAAAUGGAUGUACCAAGUUGACGUACAAGUACAGUUGUUAUUUCUUAUUUCUAGUGAUUUUUUUUUAUAUACUAUUGUAUCAUAUUUUCCUCUUGAUGUAUGCUAUAUAUUAGUGAGAGAGAUCAUAAGAUACAAUACUUUAUUAUUUAUUUUUUAUAUAGAUGUAUUAUUUUUUUCAUAAGAUUAUUAAUUAUUACAAAUUUAAUAAAUCCUGUAAAAAUAUACAAUAAAUACAUUGACAUUUUCUUGUUCCGAUGAAGUAUUUUAUUCAAAUUUAUAUUUUCUUUCCACGUAUAAUAGAGUCUUAGAUACCCUAUUAUCUUAACAAACGUUACUACUAACAUUUUUAUCCAUCAGUACAAUAUAUUCUCUUUUGAUGUAAAAAAAAAAUGUUUGAUAGAAUAAUAUGCAAUGGUCAUGGAAAAGUGAAUUUUUUUGAUAGGAAAGAAACAUAAGCUGUGUGAAGGAUAAAAUAGAAUCCUUCCUGUUCUUCUAUUUAUAUGUUACAAUUAAUAAUAAAUAAUAUCACUAAACAUUCUUAUGCAGUAAUGUGAUAGAAAAUUAAAUUUUUUUAAUUUUACGAUAGUUUAUAGCUUUAUCCAACAAGUAUGAGAACUUGUAGUAUUCAACUAUAUACAUAUGUAUAGAAUUUGUUUAAUAUAAAAUUAUACAGUAUCUUUAAAAUAAUCGCUUGAGUUAUUGUAAUAAAAUUCAUACUAUUUACAAUCAGGAAACCUUUUCUUAAAAUACACCCAAACAUACUUACUGAAUCGAAAAAAAAUUGUAGAUAUCUUUUUACCCUUGCAAAAUAUACAAGGUCAAUUAAAAAAAUUUGUUUAUCUUAAAUUGUGAUAUUCCUAUAUUUUUCUUAUUUGUGUGUGGAACAU